ACCCCUUACUUCACGAUGACGGAAAAAGGCGGGGUGUUGGCAUCUCAACCGUCGCCACGAGGCGUUCUAUAAGCGGCAGCUCAAUAGCUACAUAUUGCCGCAGAGAGUCCGUUUGGUUGCUCUAAGAGGUCAAUCGUUCCAAUCAUGAUGGUUUUGUUUACCUAUGCACAUUCGUUACUUGAUUGCUACCCCUGAGAGCCACCAUGGCCUCCUUCAGUACCUACCACCAACGGAAUCAACGCCCGACGCCCUCGGCUCUUGCUAACAUCUUCUGUGUGGUGAGGACCACGGUAAGUAUUCACGUUACUAACAACGCAGGACGUAACCCAAUCCGGCCGGCUGGCUCGACUUCCACUCCCAGAUCUUCUCCAUAUCGCAAGGUCCGAACGUUUCCCUUCCUUCGGUGCGCAUUUUUCGUCUACGACGCGAUCAGUCUCCGGCUCGUAACCGUGCGACGCACGCUGCUUCCUGAAGUGGUCGAACUCGGGGUUGGAAAUAUGGUGGAAGGGGUUUGGUGUGAUGGCAAAAGGGUGGUUGUCUGGGGAGAUGGAUUGGGCAAAAGGGUUGUCUGGAGCAUACAACGAAUGGAUGUACCAAUGUGUGAAGGAUUAAGUCGAAUCAGGUUGGGAGAUGAUCUAUCCGGGUCAAGGGAUAAGUAAAGGGGAAGGAUGUGAACAAACAAGGAAGUGGUGUAAACCAGAUCAGUCGAGAAGUGUAAGAGUAGCGGAUAGAUCGUUGAAUGGCAGACAAAUAGAAUAUGA